AUGACAGCGUCAUUACUACUCCAUUCACGCUGGAUUGACCCCGUGAUGUUCCUCUACGACAACGGUUUGGAUGAAAUAGGUAAAAACAUGGAGGGGUUUGCUGGUGGCAAUUUUGCCGCGAAUCAGUGCAGGAAUUUGUUGGCGCAUCCGACGUCCUUGGCUCCAACCACCACCUACACUCCUAGUGAGGUGCAGGUUUCUGGCAUGGGCGAACCUGUCAAACAAUGCAGCCCCUGUUCUGCCACACAGAGUUCGUCCAAUGCAUCCUUGCCUUAUGGAUAUUUUGGCAGCAGCUAUUACCCGUGCAGGAUGUCACAUAGCGGUGUCAAGUCUUGUGCGCAGCCCUCUCCAUAUGGGGAUAAGUACAUGGACACAUCGGUUUCGGGAGAGGAAUUCCCGUCCAGAGCAAAGGAGUUUGCUUUCUACCAAGGGUAUUCACCUGGUCCUUACCAACCUGUCUCAAGUUAUCUGGACGUGCCAGUCGUACCAGGUCUAAAUGGUCCUACAGAGCCAAGACAUGAAUCUCUUUUGCCAAUAGAACCAUAUCAGCCAUGGGCUAUAGCCAACGGCUGGAAUGGUCAAGUGUACUGCGCUAAGGAUCAGCCACAGUCAAAUGCUCUGUGGAAAUCGUCCAUUCAAGAUUCUUUAUCUGGAGGAGAUACAAGUUCGGUUCGACGUGGUAGAAAGAAGCGCGUGCCAUACACCAAGGUACAGCUCAAAGAACUGGAGAGGGAGUAUGCCACGAAUAAAUUCAUCACAAAGGACAAACGACGAAGGAUAUCCGCCCAAACAAACCUGACAGAGCGACAAGUGACAAUCUGGUUUCAAAAUAGGCGAGUGAAGGAGAAGAAAGUCGUCAACAAGUUUAAGAGUCCGAGUUAGCCGUGGAAUUAAAAGGAUGAAAAAAAGACUUGAAUGUUGUUCGAUUAAAAUGAACUGUAAUUUAUUAGCCGUUUCCCUCUCGUCAUGGGUUGGCUUUCUUGCUCCACUUGUCAUGUAGACUAUUCCUGCGAUGUUGCGUUAAAAGUAUAGCCUUUUUAAGAUGAGGAUAUUCAUGAUCAUAUUUUAGUUGGUGUAAUUAAAUGUAGCCUAUAGUGAUUUUGAUAUGUAUG